ACUUCAGACAUGCACACUGGGCUGGAGAAUCCCGGGAACAGAACCCGGGACGGCCGCGCAGAGCUGCGUCCCGCUCUGGGCUCUGCAAUCCCGGGAACCACCAACCUUGCCCACCAUGCCCGCCGGCCAGAGCGAGGGGAUUGGCCCACUUAUUGCCGGCUACUUCUGAAGGUGACACGGAACCCCAGGUAACCCCUGACCACCCAGGCAGGAGCCUGUGUUUGUUAGAUAAAUUUAGCUCCAAAGUCCAGAGCGGCAGAGAGCCAGGACCAAGAGAUGGGCCACUCACCAAGGACAGACACAAGGCCAGAGAUGUGGUGCAUUGUCCUAUUUGCCUUGUUGGCACGAGUCUCUGCUGAGCCCACCCUGUAUGGGGAGAUCCUGUCCCCUAACUACCCUCAGAACUACCCCAAUGAUGUGGAGAAAGUUUGGGAUAUAGAAGUUCCCGAAGGAUAUGGGAUCCAUCUCUACUUCACCCAUCUGAACAUUGAGCUGUCGGAGAACUGCGAGUAUGAUUCAGUGCAGAUCAUGGUAGGGAACCAUGUAGAAGGAAAGCUCUGCGGACAGAGGAGCAGCAAAAACCCCAAGUCCCCGAUUGUGGAAGAGUUCCAGGUCCCUGUCAAUCAGCUCCGGGUGAUCUUCAGGUCCGACUUCUCCAAUGAAGAGCGUUUCACGGGCUUUGCUGCCUAUUACGUGGCCGUGGAUUUAAAUGAAUGCACAGACUUCGCUGAUUUUCCUUGCAGCCACUUCUGCAACAACUUCAUUGGGGGUUACUUCUGCUCCUGCCCACCCGAAUACUUCCUUCAUGAUGACAUGAAGAGUUGUGGAGUCAACUGCAGUGGGAAUGUCUACACUGAGCUGACUGGGGAGAUCACCAGUCCCAAUUACCCCAAUUCAUACCCAGAGAACUCAAGGUGUGACUAUCAAAUCCGACUGGAAGAGGGGUUCCGAGUGGUAGUGACGGUGCAGAGAGAAGAUUUUGAUGUGGAACCAGUUGAUUCGGAGGGCAACUGCCCUGACAAUUUAAUUUUUGUUUCAGGAGAUCAGCAAUUUGGUCCUUACUGUGGUGAUGGAUUCCCCGGGCCACUAAAAAUUGAAACCAAAAGGAAUACCCUUGAUGUUUUCUUCCAAACUAACCAAAUGGUGGAAAAAAAGGGCUGGAGACUUCGUUAUCAUGGAGAUCCAAUUCCCUGUCCGAAGAGGAACAUUGCCAAUUCUGUCUGGGAGCCUGCAAGGGACAAGUAUGUGUUCAAAGACGUGGUGAGAAUAACCUGCCUGGAAGGAUUCGAAGUUAUUCAGGGAAGUGUUGGCUUGACCUUUUUCCAUUCUACGUGUCAAAGCAACGGGCAAUGGAGCAAUUCCCAUCUGCAGUGUGAACCGGUGGACUGUGACCUUCCCACUCCCAUUCGGAAUGGUAACGUUGAAGAACCUGAAGACACUUUAUUUGGUUCUGUCAUUCGCUACACGUGUGAAGAGCCAUAUUACUACAUGGAAAGUGAAGGAAAUGGCGAGUAUCACUGCGCUGCCAACGGGAGCUGGGUGAACGAGGAUCUGGGCACGGAGCUGCCACAAUGCGUCCCAGUGUGUGGCGUUCCCCAAAAGGUCUUUGCGGGCAUACAGAGGAUAGCUGGAGGAGCCCCAGCCGAGAUCCAAAACUUCCCCUGGCAAGUCUACUUUCCACCCCCUAUGAAAGCCGGCGGGGCCCUCAUCGACGAGUACUGGGUGCUGACGGCUGCCCACGUCGUGGAGGGGAGCAGUGACUUGCAAAUGUACAUGGGGACCACCUCGGUGGUCCUCUCGCGGUUGAAGAACGCCCAGGUGCUCACUGCUGAGCGUGUGUUCAUUCACCCAGGCUGGAAAGCCGUCGAGGACAUAAAUGCACGGAAGGAUUACGACAAUGACAUUGCACUGGUGCGGCUGAGAGACCCAGUGAAGAUGGGACCCACUGUCUCCCCUAUCUGUCUCCCAGGCACCUCCUCAGAAUACGACCCCCCAGUGGGGGCUCUGGGCUUGAUCUCAGGCUGGGGCCAGACAGAGAAAUACUCCAAUGGUGUUUUCAAACUCAUGGCUGCCCAGUUGCCAAUAGCUCCCUUAGCCAAGUGCCAACAACACCUCAGGGCGACACAUCCUAGAAGCACCUAUGUCUUCACCGAGAACAUGCUCUGUGCCGGAGGAGAGAAAGGUGUGGAUAGCUGUAAAGGGGACAGUGGGGGGGCUUUUGCUCGGCAGGUUCCCGAUGUAGAGACCCCCAAGUUCUAUGUCGCUGGCCUGGUGUCUUGGGGCUCUGAGUGUGGGACAUACGGUCUCUACACACAUGUGCAGAAAUACCUGGGUUGGAUCAUGAAGACCAUGCAGGAAAAUAGUCGGCCUGCUGAGGAUUAAUCUGUGGGCACGCCAUGACCCUGCCUCAUCUCUUGCUUUCCGUUCUCUUGAUAUUUCCACGGUUCCACCGUGACUGAGAGAAGGCACAGAAGAAAGUUCUUUGGCUGCGAUUGAGGGGGCAGGAGCUGGAAGUAUCUUAUGGUGACCUUGGGCAGGUUGAUCAGUGGGAGGUCUGGGUGUGUGGGGUUCUCUGCUGAGUACCCCUGUGGAUCACAACACGGGAGUCUGGUAUUAUUAGUCCACGGUGGCAGGGGGUGUGGAUGGGGGAUUUCCCUUUCCUGAUGAGUGAGGGCCUGGUGUUCUAAUUCUGACUCUGAAAUUUAUGCUUAAUUGCUUUGAUUCUCCUUUACCUGCUUAAACUUCUGUUUACAUUAUCAUUCUCAGUUGUCUGAGAUAAUAAAACAUGUUUAUCAACCCGU